ACUCUCACCUGGUAAUAGGGGGGGCAGACUGAGGAGAGCAUCAACUGAGAAGAGGAAAGAGAAGAAGGUCGAAGGAGAUCGGGCCAUGGCGUACGCUUCGCGUUUCCUGUGCCAUUCCAGAAAGUUAUGUGCAGGUCAGAAAUUAUUUCAAAUGGUGCCUGCUGUUCCUGUUCGUUAUUUUUCAAACGAAGCUCCUCCUCGCCCAGUCCUCAAGGGUGACGAGAUGUUGAAGAACAUAUUUUACGAGGUUAAGAACAAAUUUGAGACGGCCAUCGGUGUUCUUCGAAAGGAAAAGAUCACCAUAGAUCCAGAUGAUCCUGCUGCAGUAGCUCAUUAUGCAAAGGUCAUGAAAAUUGUAAGAGAAAAGGCAGAUCUAUUUUCGGAGUCCCAAAGGAUUAAUUAUACCAUUCAAACAAGAACCCAAGGUAUUCCAGAUGCACGGACAUAUCUAUUGACAUUGCAGGAGAUACGAAUCAAGAGAGGCCUCACUGAUGAUCUUGGCGUUGAGGCAAUGAUGUUUGAAGCUCUGGAGAAAGUUGAGAAAGAGAUUAAAAAGCCGCUCAUGAGGAAUGACAAGAAAGGCAUGGCUCUUCUUCAUGCUGAGUUUGACAAGAUAAACAAGAAGCUUGGAAUAAGGAAGGAGGAUCUUCCCAAGUAUGAAGAACAGUUGGAACUCAAAAUCGCAAAAGCACAGCUUGAAGAGCUGAAGAAGGAAACUCUGGAAGCCAUGAAAACACAGAAAAGAAGUGAGGAGUUCAAGAACGACGAAAUUGUGGACCCGAAACAAUUGGACAUCAGAAACUUCCUCUGAGAUUUCACUUGUUUUGAGCAAGCAUUUCAUGUGCAGGUCACUCUUAUAACUACUGCUUUCCUGAUUCAGAAGCUUUACUUGAUAAGGAGCAGGAGAGUGCACUCAACCUGAUUACUUUUUAAAUAAAUCUGGUGCUUAAAAGCCUCAGAUGGAUCGUAUGCGGCUUCUUGAUCAUUUUGAAAUUCAUAGAAUUAUUUCUGUUUUCAAAGGGCAUCUCUGGUUUGGGCCUGAAUCUUUUUGAAAUUUUACUGUUGUUGGUUUCUGGCUAUAGUUUUUCUUUUAUCCCAUUGAUGCAAAACUUGUGUGAAGAAACCCCAUUUGUUUUGGAAGCCUUGAGAAAUUCGAGUUCUCUCAAACUUCUGCAAGUCUCA